UGAGGGGAGUUCCAGAUGAUUUUCACUGGGAAUUCCAGUUUGGCUCAUCCAUGUGGGAGCCUCCUGCCAAGCCAAUGUCAUUUUGGGCAAGAACCAUCCCCACGUGCCCAUCAUCAACUGCCUGCACUCAGUGGGACCUGCUGCUCCUCCUGGCAUGGAAAACCCUUAUGGAUUUUGAGGGGAGCACCCAGUGAGCCCCCGAGCCCUGGGAGCCGGAGCAGCUCCAGCAAUCCCUGUGCCUUGGGGGGGAUCCCCUUGGAGGAAUCCCCCCAGUCUGGGGGAAAUUUUGGCUACAGUUGCUGUGGGCUGGACAGGAGCAGGGUGCUGGUGAUGCCUGGGGGGGAUGUUUGGGGGCUUUGGGGACCAGCCUGGGGUGGGAGAGGCAGGAAGGGACAGUGACAGCUCUGGGAUCAGCCCCGGGUGGGAAGGUCGGUCCCACGACCACGGGACACCGAGGAGGAGGAAGGAAAAGUACGAGGAGGAGAAGGAGAAGGAGGAGGAGAGGAGGAGGAGGGAGUCACUGUCCCCGGGCUGGGCUCUGACCUCCCUCCUGCUCCUGGUGCAGCCCCGCCGGGAGGAGCCACCCUGUCCCUGUCCCUGUGCCCGUGCCCAGCUCCGGCCAGGCCAUGAAGACGGAGAAGGACGAGGCUGUGGCUGCCUUCUCCCUGCGGGGGAAAUUCGGCACGGAGGGGACAGGCUGCAGUGACCCAGCCCUGCCCGGUGCCCCGAUGCCGGUGGCGGGGAGCGGAGGGACCCCGGCCCCGGAGCUGCGGCCGCUGAAGCGCAGACCUGUCCCAGGGAAACACUACCAGUGCUCGAGCUACGGCUGCAAACUGGCCUUCCCCAGCAUGCAGGAGCUGAUGGACCACCUGAAGGUCCACUACAGACCCACGCAGUCCCUCGAGGGCAAAACCUUCCAGUGCCCCACCCUGGGCUGCAGUGAGACCUUCCCCAGCAUGCAGGACCUCAUGGCCCACAUGAAGGUGCACUACAAACCCAACCGCUACUUCAAGUGUGAGAACUGCCUGCUGCGCUUCCGCACGCACCGCUCGCUCUUCAAGCACCUGCACGUCUGCUCGGACAGCGCCAGCGGCCCCGCGCCGCCCCCGCGGCCCGACCGGCCCGUCCUGCCCCCCGCUACCUCCACCCCGGAGAAGGAGCCUCCGGCCAAGCCCCCCGAGGGGCUGCCCAAGCUGCCGAGCGCCCUGCGGCCCCCGGAGAAGGAAGCGCCGGCGGCGGGCGCGGACUCUGCUCCGGCGGCGCUGCCCGGCUCGCUGGAGCCGCUGCUCUCGGGGGCACCCCACCCCUUCCCGCUGCUGGAGCCCGCCCUGUUCGGGCCCUCGUCCUUGACUCGGUUCUCGGGGCCAGCCCCGUCCUCGGUGCCGGGACCGUUCCUGUCCUACGUGCCCCCCUCGCCCUACGGGCUGGCGCAGCCCCCGGCUCAGCACCGCCUGCGGCCCUUCCUGCCGGGCCACGGCCCCCCCAGCGUCUCCAACGCCGUCUGGAAGAAAAGCCAAGGUGUGAGUGUCAGCCCACUCCUCCCAUGCUUUGGCUCAGGAGUGACUCCAGGGCACUCCUCCACCAGCCGCAUCGUCUGGGAGCACACGCGGGGCCGCUACAGCUGCACGCAGUGCCCCUUCUCCACCGCCUCCCGCGAGGAGAUGACCCUGCACAUCGAGGACCACCGCAAGAACCCCCCGCCCGGGCGCCUGGAGGCAGAGAUGGAUUUCGGGGUGGGGCUGGCCCCGUUCCACGCCAAGCUGCCGCCGGAGAUGGAGAACUCCCUGUACUCCCAGCUUUGAUGCCCUCGGCUCCCAAGGGACUCUCCUGCACCUCCCGUCCCUCCCCUGAGCCGGGCAGGGGGCACAGCACAGCCCUGAGCUGGGACAGGCAGCCCUCCCUGGGGACAGGAGCAGCAGAGGGGCCGAUGAUUCCCCUGGAAUUUCCUCUCCCCUUCCUUUUUAUUUUCGGGAGCUCUCCAGCAGCCGGAGCCGCUGUUUCUCCCUCCCUGUAAGGUUUUGUUGCUUCAGCCCCGAGGGCUCUGCGGGGAGCCCGGUAGGUUCUCAGGAGUUAGUGGACUUCUCUGGAAUGAGAUCUCGAAAAAAUAAAUGGGAAUUGUACAGAA